AUGACUAUCAAUUCUCAUCUAUUAGAUGUAAUAAUUUUUGAAAUAUCAGAGAAAAAAACAAGCACAAAAAAUUAAAAGAAUUUUUAAAUCUUGAUUAUUAAAUCCACAUAAAAUGUUCAAGUUUCCCGGCUACUAGGAUCAAAACAGACCAUCCCAAAAUGGACUUCACAUUUCAGACUUGGAAGAUGGAAUCACAGAGGAGCAACUCUUUGUAGAAUUAGCUAUGUUAAAUUGCACAGAUAUCAAUUCAUUGGAAAGUCAAAGCAUUAUGCCUUCAUCUAUUUUUCAUCGUAAGAGGAGGCAAGGAAGGCAAAAGAGGCAAUGAAUUACAAAUAGCUUCUUAGAGAUCCUAUGCGUAUAACCUACAUUCAGGAUUAUGAAAAAGAUGCAAACUUAUUUUUUGCAGGAUUCGAGUUGAAUGUAUCACUCAAGCAAUUGGAGGAAUUCUUCACCAAAUGGGGAGCAGUGGUCAGUGUCAAAUUAUCAGUCGAUGAAAAUAAGAAGAGCAGAGGCUAUGGAUGGGUUUAAUAUGAAAAGAAAGACUAAGCAGAUGCAUUGUUGACUGAAAGUUAAUAAAAUGAAGGAAAAGUGUCAUAUAAUGAAAAGACAUCAAUUAUUGUGAAACGAUUUGUUAGGAAAGGCUAAACAGAACGUGAAGACAAGAGAUGUAACUUAUACAUAAAGAACUUCUGGACUUCAUUGGAUGCUGUCGAUUUAACAAACAACUAAGUUAGAGAAUAAUUGGAAAUUGAAAUGCGUGCAAAAUUGAAUGAAUGGUUCAUCACAUACGGUCCAAUAAUUAGUAUCUUGGUCAAAAUUGAUCUUGAACGCAAAGCUCCAUUUGCAUUUGUCAGUUUCAGCAGGCAUCAAGAUGCAAAAGAGGCAUAAAGAACAUUAGGUACUACCUUAGGAGCUAAUCCAUCGAAGGAUCCAUUGAAUACUGGGAGAAAGAUGUAUGUCGGAUGGGCAUAAACUAAAACAGAUAGAAAACAACAAAGAGAUAAUAAUGUCUAUUAAAAAUAUAUUUACGCUGAUCAUUUGAAUAGAAAUGUUACAGAAGACGUGAUUAGAUAAACAUUGAAAGAUGCUGGUUAUGGUGAUAUCUGCAUGAUUAGAUUGGAAAAGAUGUAAUAAGGAUUUCAAUAAAUCAUCAGAAUUGGAUAUAUUGUAUUUGAAUAAGGUUCAGAUGCAAAUAAGUUGAUCAAAUCCUUCAAGGAGAAUGAAAAGUUCGAUGAAAUCAAGAGUCUAUUCGAUCCAAACGUAGAGUAAGCUGGUGGAAAAUACUUCCAACAUCUUUUCCCUCAACAUUCCUAAUCAAAAGGAUAGAGAAGACCUAAUUAAAGAUAGUCUCCAAACAGAAGAAUGUACUAAAUGCCUUCAGGACCAGCCUAAUUUGGUCCUAGAAUGCCCUUCCCUUUCCCCAUGUAACAAUAGAGAGUUCCAGGUGGUGGAAUGAGAAGACCAUAUCAAUAGUAAUUCCCCAAUCCCAUAAGACAAACUCCCUUCCCUCCUCCAGUUCGAUAAGUUACUGACUUGGCUUCACUUUAACCUGUAGCCUUCGAUAAACGAUAAGAUUUAGUCGAUUUAUUGGAGAACUUCGAGAAUUUCAAGGCAAAACCUGAAGAAGAGCAAGUCAAAUAAUUAUAAAUGAUGUUGUAUUAUAGAAUCAAAGCAAAACUAAGCUAAGAAGCAGAAUCUCAUUGGAAGAAAGUAAGUGAAGUGCUUUCAGAUCCUUCCAAUUUCACAGUUGAUGAAAUCCUCGAUAUGAUCAAGAAUGAAGAUCAAUUUAAUGAGUUAGUAGAUGAUGCUGUUACGUAAUUAAAGGAUGCAGCAAAUUGGUGAUAAAUUUAUUGUUUUGUUCAAAUAUAAAUAUAUUU